GUCACCCGUGUUGACUUCCGGGUGUGCGUUCGACGCCGAGGCUGAGGCGGCGAGUUAUUUUGUGCUCUUCCGACACUUUUAAAAAUCAAAAUGAACCGUAUUUUUGGAACGGGGAAACCGAAAGGUCCAGCGCCGAACCUGACGGACUGUAUUGGAACCGUUGAUUCCAGGACAGAGUCCGUGGACAAGAAAAUCGACAAACUGGACGCAGAGCUGGUGAAGUACAAAGAUCAGAUGAAGAAGAUGAGAGAUGGGCCGUCUAAGAACAUGGUCAAGCAGAAGGCGAUGAGGGUCCUGAAGCAGAAGAGAAUGUACGAGGGCCAGCGGAACAACCUCAUGCAGCAGUCCUUCAACAUGGAACAAGCCAACUACACCAUCCAAACCCUGAAAGACACCAAAACGACAGUGGAUGCCAUGAAAGGCGGCCUGAAGGACAUGAAGAAAGCCUACAAGACUGUGAAACUUGAUCAAAUUGAGAAUAUUCAAGACCAGCUGGAGGACAUGAUGGAGGACGCCAAUGACAUCCAGGACGCGCUGGGAAGGAGCUACGGCACACCUGACAUCAAUGAGGACGACUUGGAAGCAGAGUUGAGCGCUCUGGGAGACGACUUUCUGAUGGAUGAGGACACCUCCUACUUGGACGACGCCGCCACCGUCCCUUCUAUCCCCGAGAGUUUGCCUGGAGCCAGAUCCAACAGGGACGGAGUCAUGGUGGACGAGUUCGGCCUUCCUCAGAUUUCCGCUUCAUAAAAGCCGAGUCAGGACACAUGUAUCAUAGCUUUUUCUUCCUCUAUUUAUCCAACUGACACUCCUGCUUUGGAAGGACGCCUCUGAAGCCAAAGAUGCAAUCACUAACAAGGACCUCAGGUUUUUCUUAUCAUUCCUCAUGAUUCAUAUACGAGAUCGACCAAGGGUGUCCGAUUUCGGACCGCAGCCCCUUUAUUGGUCCUCGGUCGAUUGAAAAAUAAUUCAUUAUAAUCGUGAUGUAAUUUUUUAAUCCUGUCAAAUGGUGAAAUCUUAAUCAGACUUUUGAAUUAGCAUUAAUCAUGAUUAAUCACAAGUAUUAACAUUUUUUAACACCAACAAAGCAAGCAUGUUUGGUAGAAAACGUUUAAAGUAAGGUUCCACUCUUCCAAAAUGAGCUAGCUUGAUGCUAGUUUGCAUUGGAUUUGCCAUAGACAGGCUAUCUUCCAAAAUGAGCUAGCUUGAUGCUAGUUUGCAUUGGAUUUGCCAUAGACAGGCUACCAUUAGCGAUUUCAACACCUUCAAAUUUAGUAAUGAAGUGAAGUGAAUUAUAUUUAUAUAGCGCUUUUUCCUCAAGUGACUCAAAGCACUUUACAUAAUGAAACACAAUAUCUAAGUUACAUUUAAACCAGUGUGGGUGGCACUGGGAGCAGGUGGGUAAAGUGUCUUGCCCAAGGACACAACAGCAUUGACUAAAAUGGCGGAAGCGAGUUCGAACCUGCAACCCUUGAGUUGCUGGCACGGCCACUCUACCAACCGAGCUACACCGCCCCAAUAAUAAUGGAAAGUAAAACUAAAAGGAAUGUGACAAUUAAACAGCUGAUGUGCAAUAAGUGAAAUACAGUAUAAACACUUCGUAGGGCGCAACAUAACAUUCAACUUCCUGGUAAAAGCUACUUCCUCAUUAGACCACAUGCCAUAGUUAACCAUGAUUUGAUUUAGGUGGACCCCGACUUAAAAAAGUUAAAAAUACUAUUCGGGUGUUACCAUUUAGUGGUCAAUUGUACGGAAUAUGUACUGUACUGUGCAAUCUACUAAUAAAAGCUUCAAUCAAUCAAAUCAGCCUAUACAGCACUGCCAUCUAAUGUCUUGGAAGUGCAACUGCAUUGCAAAUGACUCACAUAAUCCGAAAGAGAGAUAAAACACCUGAACAGCUGUUAGCAUAAUCAGCUGAUUUUUUUUAAUUAAUAAAAAAAAAUCAUCAAACAUUAACACACACACACACAAAUAUUGCAAAUUGGUACCUUUGGAGUACCAGUAUUGCAUCAAGAGGUACCCAUCACACAUUUUGUUAUUAACUUAAUUUAAAAAAGACCCUAAUGUUUGGUCAUAAAUGCAAUUUUAUUGUUGGAAUAGAUGAAUUAAUCUGCAUAUAUGCAUGAUUAAUGCAAUAUUUGUUGUGAAUAAUCUCAUGAGUUAACCCAUUACUUUAUUAGAUAACACUAAUUUCCUUCACCUGUAACACAAAGCUACUAUGGAUGUUUUGCUCUGUUCGCUUAGCAUAUAUUGCUUCAGCAUCUUGACUGUGCAAAAUGUAAACUUGCAUUGAAAAACAUGUGGACACCCCUGAUCUUUAUAUUCCUGUGCAAAUGGGAGGUGACUCACAUCACCUGCAGAAGUCAAUAAAUGUGUAUUUUUCCAAACAA